GCCUCCCUGGGUCGAGCGUACUGCAGCAUCUACGUUGAGUAUGGCGAAUGCGGAGAACAAAAACGAAUUCAGUGAGCGUCUCAUAGACGCUGUUGAGCGAGAGCGCUGCCUGUGGGACCUCCAGAAGAAAGAAUACAAGUCCCGUGGAGUAUGCGAGGCAGCGUGGCGACGUGUAGCAGCGGAACUCGGAUCGACCGUUGCCGACGUGAAAGCCCGGUGGAAAAAUUUGCGCGACACUUUCCGCCGUGUGUUGAAAGGGCGCAACGAGGCAAAGAGCGGCGCGGCCGCAGACGACAGCCUCGACGAGGAUAAGCAGUGGACGUUUUUCGUCCGGCUUCUUUUUCUAAAAGACGGCAUGAUAGGAAGACCGACAUCAGGAAACCUCACGGCUCCACCAGCAGAUGAAUGGCAAAGUGCCAGUGCAAAUGGCCACGUUGAGUCGGCUCAAGAAAUUUUUGCGGCGAUAUACCAGGACGAGGGUAAUAACGAGGUCAGUGCAUGUGACCGAACAGAGGCAUCGAGCCUUGUUGACGUGUGUGUCGAAGUGCCGGAGCCGCAGCCACCAAAAAAGAAGAGGAAGAAAGAUAAGUACGAUGAGCAAAUUGAGAACAUCACCAAAAUUCUGGCAAAGGAGUAUGAUGAAAUUGAUCACUUUGCCGCAUUUCUGGGAGAAAAAAUGAAGCGUGUACCUCUGAGGCUGCGUGACGAAAUGCAGAUGGAGAUGCUGCGAGAUGUUAAUAAGUACAUUAAUAGCGCUUGAAAUUUAAUUUAGUUUUUUUUUCAUUGCAUACUUCAGUGUUUAGGCAAGGAAAGUGUCCUUUUUAGCACACAAUUUUCAGUUUUUUUCAGUUUUCUCAGCCUCGGAUUCUUUAACAUGUACCUAAAUCCAAGUGCACGAAGUUUUUCUGUUCUACCCCCCUUAUAACAUGCGGCCAGUGCAAACGGUAAUCGAAACCGCAACAGCAUGCUUAGCAACACAACUCCACGACCACUAAGUCACUACAGCAAGUUGCGAUAUAUAUAUCUAUACAUUUUUCAUUCAACUGUUGUUACC